ACAAUCUCUUUCCAAGUUACAAGUUCAUUGUCAGCACUCACUAACAAGAUGCUGGUGACUCUCUGCGCUCUCAUCACUGCUCUAACAUGUGUGAGUGGUGUGACGGUGGUGACACAGAAACCUGUUGUAUCAGUGAGGAGAGGAGAGACAGCCACCAUGGACUGUAACCUGGGGACUGUUACUGACAGUGCUGCUCGUUGGUACAAACAGAUUCCAGGAGGAGUUCCUCAGUUUGUGCUGAGCAUGAAACAUAGCUGGAGUUCUCCAACCUAUGGUUCUGGGUUCUCCUCUCCAAAAUUCACAUCCACUCAUCAGUCAAGAUCCGAUUAUCGUUUGAUCAUCAACAAUGUGGAGGAGGGAGACUCUGCAGUCUAUUACUGUAAAACAUGGGACAGCUCUGUUAAUGAGUACGUAUUUGGACAAGGAACCAAGCUGACUGUGACAAGCUCCAGCCUCCCUGCUCCUGUCCUCACAGUCUUCCCUCCGUCCAGUGCUGAGCUCCAGUCCAACAAAGCCACUCUGGUCUGUCUGUCCAGUCAGUCUGUGCAAUUUGCAGAUGUGACCUGGUCGGCUGCUGGGAGUCCAGUGAGCAGUGGGAUCUCUACCAGCACUGCUGUUCAGAGACCAGACCACACUUUCCAAAUCAGCAGCUCUCUGACCAUCCAGACAUCAGACUGGAACAUGGAUAAGGUUUACACAUGUAAAGUGUCUUUGGGCUCCCAGACUUCAGAGAAAACCAUCCAGAAGUCAGGAUGUCCCACUGAAUAGUAGAGGACCAGAAUGAGCAUUUAAAAUCUGCUUUUUUACUGCUUUCAUGUUUGCUAGAAUGUUUUCAUGUUGGAAAUCAGGAUAAAACAAAGUUUUAAGCCACGAGUCUGUUUUCUUGUCAUUACUGGACAGUAUCAGGAAUUCAUAUUUUGCUCUUUUUAACUCAAUA